UACUUUGGGAACUGGUGAGUCUCCCUGUCCCUAGGGCUUUUUAGUCACAUGUCCAUCCACUGUUUCAACGUAACAUGCAUCUAGGCAAGGUUAACGAUUAAAUGGUUCGGAUGAAAGGUCAUCCUUUACACAGAACAUCAGAAUGGUAGAUAAUUCCUGUUCCACCUUCUCUGAGGAAACAAGUAAAGAAAAAACAACACAGUCAUAUUAAUAGAAGAGUCUUCGUUCCAGACGCAGUCCAGGAAUCAUGCUGGAGGACUUCUGCAACUCUACUUUUUGGAAUUCCUCAUUCCUGGACAGUCCAGAGGCAGACCUGCCACUUUGUUUUGAGCAAACUGUUCUGGUGUGGAUUCCCUUGGGCUUCCUAUGGCUCCUGGCCCCCUGGCAGCUUCUCCACGUGUAUAAAUCCAGGACCAAGAGAUCCUCUAUCACCAAACUCUACCUCGCUAAGCAGGUAUUUGUUGGUUUUCUUCUCAUUCUAGCAGCCAUAGAGUUGGCCCUUGUACUCACAGAAGACUCUGGACAAGCCACAGUCCCUGCUGUUCGAUACACCAAUCCAAGCCUCUACCUAGGCACAUGGCUCCUGGUUUUGCUGAUCCAAUACAGCAGACAAUGGUGUGUACAGAAAAACUCCUGGUUCCUGUCCCUAUUCUGGGUUCUCUCAAUAGUCUGUGGCACUUUCCAAUUUCAGACUCUGAUCCGGACACUCUUGCAGGGUGACAAUUCUAAUCUGGCCUACUCCUGCCUGUUCUUCAUCUCCUAUGGAUUCCAGAUCCUGAUCCUGAUCUUUUCAGCAUUUUCAGAAAAUGAGUCAUCAAAUAAUCCAUCAUCCACAGCUUCGUUUCUGAGUAGCAUUACCUACAGUUGGUAUGACAGCAUCAUUCUGAAAGGCUACAAGCAUCCUCUGACACUUGAAGAUGUCUGGGAAGUUGAUGAAGAGAUGAAAACCAAGAUACUAGUGAGCAAGUUUGAAACGCACAUGAAGACAGAGCUUCAGAAAGCCAGGCGGGCACUCCAGAAACGCCAGCAGAAGAGCUCCCAGCAGAACUCUGGAGCCAGGCUGCCUGGCUUGAACAAGAAUCAGAGUCAAAGCCAAGAUGUCCUUGUCCUGGAUGACAUUAAAAAGAAAAAAAAGAAGUCUGGGACCAAAAAAGAUGUUCCAAAAUCCUGGUUGAUCAAGGCUCUGUUCAAAACUUUCUACACAGUGCUCCUGAAAUCGUUCCUACUGAAGCUAGUGAAUGACAUCUUCACGUUUGUGAGUCCUCAGCUGCUGAAAUUGCUGAUCUCCUUUGCAAGUGACCGUGACACAUAUUUGUGGAUUGGAUAUCUCUGUGCAAUCCUCUUAUUCGCUGCGGCUCUCAUUCAGUCUUUCUGCCUUCAGUGUUAUUUCCAGCUGUGCUUCAUGCUGGGUGUAAAAGUACGGACAGCUAUCAUGGCUUCUGUAUAUAAGAAGGCAUUGACCCUAUCCAACUUGGCCAGGAAGGAGUACACCGUUGGAGAAACAGUGAACCUGAUGUCUGUGGAUGCCCAGAAGCUCAUGGAUGUGACCAACUUCAUACACUUGCUGUGGUCAAGUGUUCUACAGAUUGUCUUAUCCAUCUUCUUCCUAUGGAGAGAGUUGGGACCCUCAGUCUUAGCAGGUGUUGGGGUGAUGGUGCUUGUAAUCCCAAUUAAUGCGAUACUGUCCACCAAGAGUAGGACCAUUCAGGUCAAAAAUAUGAAGAAUAAAGACAAACGUUUAAAGAUCAUGAAUGAGAUUCUUAGUGGAAUCAAGAUCCUGAAAUAUUUUGCCUGGGAACCUUCAUUCAGAGACCAAGUCCAAAACCUCCGAAAGAAAGAGCUCAAGAACCUGCUGGCCUUUAGUCAACUACAGUGUGUAGUAAUGUUUAUCUUCCAGUUAACUCCAGUCCUGGUAUCUGUGGUCACAUUUUCUGUUUAUGUCCUGGUGGAUAGCAACAAUAUUUUGGAUGCACAAAAGGCCUUCACCUCCAUCACUCUCUUCAACAUCCUGCGCUUUCCCCUGAGCAUGCUUCCCAUGAUGAUCUCCUCCAUGCUCCAGGCUGGUGUUUCCACAGAGCGGCUGGAGAAGUACUUGGGAGGGGAUGACUUGGACACAUCUGCUAUUCGACAUGACUGCAAUUUUGACAAAGCCGUGCAGUUUUCUGAGGCCUCCUUUACCUGGGAACGUGAUAUGGAAGCCACAAUCCGAGAUGUGAACCUGGACAUUAUGCCAGGCCAACUUGUGGCUGUGAUGGGGCCUGUCGGCUCUGGGAAGUCCUCCUUGAUAUCAGCCAUGCUGGGAGAAAUGGAAAAUGUCCACGGGCACAUCACCAUCAAGGGCACCACUGCCUAUAUCCCACAGCAGUCCUGGAUUCAGAAUGGAACCAUCAAGGAAAACAUCCUUUUUGGAGCUGAGUUGAAUGAAAAGAGGUACCAGCAAGUCCUGGAGGCCUGUGCUCUCCUCCCAGACUUGGAAAUGCUGCCUGGAGGAGAUUUGGCUGAGAUUGGAGAGAAGGGUAUAAAUCUCAGUGGGGGUCAGAAGCAGCGGAUCAGCCUGGCCAGAGCUACCUACCAAAAUUUAGACAUCUAUCUUCUAGAUGACCCUUUGUCUGCUGUGGAUGCUCAUGUAGGAAAACAUAUUUUUAAUAAGGUCUUGGGCCCCAAUGGCCUGUUGAAAGGCAAGACUCGACUCUUGGUUACACAUAGCAUGCACUUUCUUCCUCAAGUGGAUGAGAUAAUAGUUCUGGGGAAUGGCACAAUUAUAGAGAAAGGAUCCUACAGUGCUCUCCUGGCCCAAAAAGGAGAGUUUGCUAAGAAUCUGAAGACAUUUCUAAGACAUACAAGCCCUGAAGAGGAAACCACAGUCCAUGAUGGCAGUGAAGAAGAAGACGAUGACUCUGGGCUGAUAUCCAGUAUGGAAGAGAUCCCUGAAGAUGCAGCCUCCAUAACCAUGAGAAGAGAGAACAGCUUUCGUCGAACGCUUAGCCGCAGUUCUAGGUCCAGCGGCAGGCAUCUGAAGUCCCUGAAAAACUCCUUGAAAACUCGGAAUGUGAAAAGCCUGAAGGAAGAUGAAGAACUAGUGAAAGGACAAAAACUGGUUAAGAAGGAAUUCGUAGAAACUGGAAAGGUGAAGUUCUCCAUCUACCUGGAGUACCUACAAGCAGUAGGAUUUUUUUCAAUAUUCUUCAUCAUCCUUGCGUUUGUGAUGAAUUCUGUGGCUUUUAUUGGAUCCAACCUCUGGCUCAGUGCUUGGACCAGUGACUCUAAAAUCUUCAAUAGCACCGACUAUCCAAAAUCUCAGAGGGACAUGAGACUUGGAGUCUACGGAGCUCUGGGAUUAGCGCAAGGUAUAUUUGUGUUCAUAGCACAUUUCUGGAGUGCCUUUGGUUUUGUCCAUGCAUCAAAUAUCUUGCACAAGCAACUGCUCAACAAUAUCCUUCGAGCACCCAUGAGAUUUUUUGACACAACACCCACAGGCCGGAUUGUGAACAGGUUUGCCGGUGAUAUUUCCACGGUGGAUGACACCCUGCCUCAGUCCAUGCGCAGCUGGGUUACAUGCUUCUUGGGGAUAAUCAGCACCCUUGUCAUGAUCUGCAUGGCCACGCCUAUCUUCACCAUCAUCGUCAUUCCUCUUGGCAUUAUUUAUGUAUCUGUUCAGAUAUUUUAUGUGUCUACCUCCCGCCAGCUGAGGCGUCUGGACUCUGUCACCAGGUCCCCAAUCUACUCUCACUUCAGCGAGACUGUGUCAGGUUUGCCGGUUAUCCGUGCCUUUGAGCACCAGCAGCGAUUUCUGAAACAAAAUGAGGUGAGGAUUGACACCAACCAGAAAUGUGUCUUUUCCUGGAUCAUCUCCAACAGGUGGCUAGCAAUUCGCCUGGAGCUGGUUGGGAACCUGAUUGUCUUCUUUUCAGCCUUGAUGAUGGUUAUCUACAGAGAUACCCUAAAUGGGGACACUGUUGGCUUUGUUCUGUCCAAUGCACUCAAUAUCACACAAACUCUGAACUGGCUGGUGAGGAUGACAUCAGAAAUAGAGACCAACAUUGUGGCGGCUGAGCGAAUAACUGAGUACACAAAAGUGGAAAAUGAGGCACCCUGGGUGACUGAUAAGAGGCCUCCGCCAGAUUGGCCCAGCAAAGGCAGGAUCCAGUUUAACAACUACCAAGUGCGGUACCGACCUGAGCUGGAUCUGGUCCUCAGAGGGAUCACUUGUGACAUCAGUAGCAUGGAGAAGAUUGGUGUGGUGGGCAGGACAGGAGCUGGAAAGUCAUCCCUCACAAACUGCCUCUUCAGAAUCUUAGAGGCUGCCGGUGGUCAGAUCAUCAUUGAUGGAGUAGAUAUUGCUUCCAUUGGGCUCCACGACCUCCGAGAGAAGCUGACCAUCAUCCCCCAGGACCCCAUCCUGUUCUCUGGAAGCCUGAGGAUGAAUCUCGACCCUUUCAACAACUACUCAGAUGAGGAGAUUUGGAAGGCCCUGGAGCUGGCUCACCUCAAGUCUUUUGUGGCCAACCUGCAACUUGGGUUAUCCCACGAAGUGACAGAGGCCGGUGGCAACCUGAGCAUAGGCCAGAGGCAGCUGCUGUGCCUGGGCAGGGCUCUGCUUCGGAAAUCCAAGAUCCUGGUCCUGGAUGAGGCCACUGCUGCGGUGGAUCUGGAGACAGACAACCUCAUUCAGACGACCAUCCAAAACGAGUUCGCCCACUGCACAGUGAUCACCAUCGCCCACAGGCUGCACACCAUCAUGGACAGUGACAAGGUAAUGGUCCUAGACAAUGGGAAGAUUGUAGAGUACGGCAGCCCUGAAGAACUGCUACAAACCCCUGGACCCUUUUACUUUAUGGCUAAGGAAGCUGGCAUUGAGAAUGUGAACAGCACAGAAUUCUAGCAGAAGGCUCCACGGGUUAGAAAAGGACUAUAAGAAUAAUUUCUUAUUUAAUUUUAUUUUUUGUAAAAUACAGAAUACAUACAAAAGUAUGUAUAAAAUGUACGUUUUAAAAAAGGAUAAGUGAACAUCCAUGAACCUACUACCCAGGUUAAGAAAAUAAAUAUCACCAGGUAGUUGAGAAA